AUGGCUGGCCAGAUCAAGGCCAAGUACCCGGACAAGGACGUGACGAUCCUGGAGGCCCACAGCGAGCUCAUUUCGAGGAACAAGCUGUCCGACAACUUCUACUCAAAGCUGCACGCUGCUCUGGACGCCAUGAAGGUGAAUGUUAUCCUGGGCGAACGCCUCACGGAGCGCCUGCCUGGAAACUCUUUCGAGAAGCGCACCCUUCGCACUGACAAGGGAACGGAGAUCGAGUCUGACAUCCAGCUGCUGUGCGGCGGCUUCCACCCGGUCUCCGAUCUCGUGCAGGACAUGGAUCCAUCGCUCGUCACGGAGCAGGGAUCGAUCAAGGUGAACGAGCUCCUGCAGCUGGACGACGACAAGUACUCGAACAUUUUCGCGCUGGGCGACAGCAGCAACCACGCGACGCCCAAGAUGGAGUUUUGGGCCGCUGACCAGGGCAAGUUCCUCGCCGCGCAGCUCGCGGCCGUCGUGCAGAAGAAGCAAGACGGCUUCAAUAAGCCCUACCCGAAGGUCACGACCGAGGCGGUGAUUCUGCCAGUGGGUAGCGGAGGUGUCUCGCAGCUGCCUGUCUGGGGCGGAGUCGUGGUCGGCGACUGGGUCACGUGGAUGGUCAAGGCCAAGGACUUCAUGGCUGGCCGCACCUGGGGAAGCCUCGGCGCCACGCCCCCCAAGUAA